GUUUUUUAAUAAUGAGCAAAGCAUCGCGGCCGUUAAAGAGAAAAAUUAGCCCUGACAACAAGAACUCACGACGUCCUCGAUUAAACACAUCUGCACCUCCACGCAUUCCUGUUCGUCCGACUCUAGCAAGCAGUCGUUCCUCUACACCCGAACCCAAAAAGACAGUGACAACAAAGAGGGUGCCUAGUUGGGAUACUCGAGGACAGAUGAAUCAAUUACAGACUAAGCUGGAAGAGACAGGGAAUGAAGUGGAUGAAAUUGAAAAAUUACAACAUGAUUUACAAUCCUCAGUUCAAGAUCAAGACUCGAUUCUACAAGAAGCAAAACAAAAAGUGGCAGAUUUGGAAAACACACUUCAUGUAAGAAAAGCAAAACGUAAAUCUAUCUUACUUGACUGUUUUAUUAUAGGCCAAUAAAGCGCGUCAUGAAGA